UCCCGUAAAAUUCAUAUUGUUAGUUAAAUUAGUAUUUAUUACUUUUUCAUAAUUUUGAACUUUCGACUAGAACUUCAUAAACUAGAAGAGUCUGCAAAUACUACAUGUAAUUAUAAUAAAUGCUAUACUGCAAAGAGAUCCAGGGGUUCCGCUUUUAUUGGCAAAAUUAGAGGGAAUAUCAGCAGCUGAUAACGUUGGAAAAUGAAUGGGAAUUCUGUCACAAUUCAUGGUUUACCAAUAACAUGCAAUGUAGUGAAAAUAAAACUCAAAUUUGAAUCUGAUUGCAAAGUUAAGAUAAAAAAUAUCAAACUAGGUCAAGAACAAGCAAAGGUUUUUUUGGAAAAUGCAGAAGAUUGCCAAACAUUUUGUGCUUCUUUUCCAAGAACUAUUAAGUUUGGAACUACUGAAUAUUCACUGACUGUAUCAUCUGAUAAAAAAGAUGAAUCUAAUAAGGUUUCUCCUCAUACCCACAAUGCACAAAAUCCAACGAGUGAAAUUUCAAAGUCAAAAUGGGAUUUUAGCUUGAUUCAUAGCUGGUCAACUAUGGAAGAACUCUCUAAUAAGCAAAAAGGUCUAUUAGUUCAACCAAGGAAUGUUGAUAUAAAACCUCAAGACAUCAUUGCCUACUUUGAAUCAUUCAAUGAUCAGCUUUCAGGAGGUUUGAUAAGCAGAAUGUAUCCAAUGAUUGAUGGAAUAUUCAUCAUAUUUGAAGAUUCAGAAACUGUUGAACAAAUUUGGAACUGGAGACCCCACCGAAUAAAUGGAAAACGAGUUGACAUUUUUGUGAAAUUGAUUCCUAAAAUAUAUGGCAACAGAGUUGUUGUAACACCAUGCUCAGAUGACCUCCGUGAAGAUGAUCUGCAAUUACUUUUGCAUCAAUGUUCAUCAAAAACUCUUACAUUGAAAAAAGUUGAACUUCAACUCACUAAAUCUUUCCUUGUAUUGUAUGAUGCUGCUGUAGACAAGAAAGAUAUUCGCCAAGUUGUUGAAAAAUUUAGGAAAAAAAAUUCUGAUCACAAGAUUUCGUUUCUGAGAAAAACAGACUGCAUAUGUGUAACAAAGGCCCCAUAUGAUGUAUGUGAUGAUGAACUCAUUACAUUAUUUGGAAAUUCUGACCGAGCUGGUGGAGGACAAGUUACCAGAAUUGAUCGUUUGAAAGAUGAAAAUGGCAUACUGAUAUAUUUUUCUUCUUACCAGGAUGCAGAGAAAAUUGUUGACAAGUUUCGUGGAAAGACAUUACCUUUUUGUGGAUUUCCACUGAAGCUCUCACUCUAUUUUCAUUGUUUAUAUGAUCGUCAUGUUGAUAUAAAGAAUAUCAAAGAGAUCGAUGAAUAUUAUGCAAAAAAUAUUUUCACAAGAACUGAACCAGUCAUUGGUGAUUCAAGUCUUAACAAUGCAAGAAAGAAAACUCUUUAUUAUUAUAAGGAUGCUGAUGUGAAUAUUCUUAAGUUUCUUUUUGAAAAACAAGAACAUAUGAAUUUGCUCAAUUCAAGUUUACAACCCGGGUGUUCUGCGGAAGCCACUUGGCAUGGCCUGGAGAUUUCUUUAUCCACGGAGUCCACUGAUGCUGAAAGCAAGUGCAAGCGUCAAAUUGACAAAUUUUUGAAAGACUACAUUUCUCAAAAAUUCAGUGAUUUUGAUGAAACCAACAAAGAAAUAAUUGACUUAGUAGACUCAGACAAUGACGAUGUUUGUAUAAGAUGGGCAAACGAAGCGAAAGAUGAAGUUGUGGUUACUGGUCUCAAAGCAGAAGUGGAUUCUUUUAUUUCUAGCUUGGAAACACCAUCUGAUUAUAAAACUUUGCAUCUCAAAGAAGGAAAAAUCAGGUGGCUGGUGGAUUGUGGAAUUUUAAAACAAAUUAUGAAAGAGUAUCAAGUUGUUAUAAAUCAUGAUGAAAAUUUUAAAUCAAUUAACUUUUCUGGCAUGAAAGAAAAUUCAUUAAAAGCUCAAUCUGCUAUUAAAAAGACGGUAUCUACUCUAAAAUUUGAAAGAUAUAUCCCAAGCGAAAAGGCUUUUUUGGAGUUUUUGAAGGACUCUAAACAGAAUGAAAAAAUUUCACAGCAUGUUCUCAGAAUAUUUCAAAAAGAAAAUGUUUGUGCAAAUCUUCAAUUUGAAGAUGAUUGGCCUUAUAUAUGGUCAGAUGAAAAGAAUAUGAGUUCUUCUUUAGCAUGUUUGAAUGACAGUUUAGUUGUUGACGAGUCUAUGGAACUUUUUUCUGUAACCAUGAAUGAAAAGCAGAGCCAAGGUUGGAAAAUUGCAUCCGCAAUGGAAACUGAUGGGAAAAUUCAGCUUCGUAUGAAAGAGAAUAUUUUGUCAAUUGUCGGCUUCAAACAGUUUGUAAGCCAGGCCAAAGAAAAAUUGAAGGAACUAUUUGGAUCUUUGGUGAAUUUCAGAAUGAUAUAUAAGGCAGAAUAUGGAAAAGCUCAAUUUUUCUUGAAGUUCGAAAACUUUAGAGACAUUUGCCGAAAAAAUCAAUUGAAGCAUGAGUUGGUUGAUGAAGGUAUCUUACUGAAGGGGACACAAAGAGGCCUGAAAACAAUGGGAGAUGCUUUAUUGGCUUGGAACAAGAAUACUGUUUUGCUGUCAAGAACUGUGGAAAAACAUGGCAUUGUAGAGUAUUUCAUCGAUGGCAAAAGUAAACACGUACUGGAUACAAUUGGGAAAAAUAAUAAGUCAACAAUAUUUGUCAAAACAGAAAGACAAAGAUCACAAAUGCCCAAGAAACCAAAUGAUGACAAGUUUGAAUGGAAAGCACCAAGUCAUAAAUUGAACAAAGUACAUUCAGUUGCACUUGGACCCUUGAAAAUAUCUGUUCGUCAAGGUGAUAUAACCAAUGAAACUAAUGAUGGAAUUGUCAAUGUAACUGGAAUAACAUUUGAUUUGUCCAAAGGGACAAUAUCCAGAAAAAUAGUAGAAAAAGGUGGAAAAAUAAUCAAGCAAGAAGUAUUUGAUUCUACGGGGAAAUAUAUUCGCGUAACGAGCAACGGAAAACUCAAAUGCAAAAAAAUACUACAUGCAGUCAUCCCUAAUGACAGAAAGAAAAUUGUCAAAUUUUUAGUUGAUGUUUUGAAAGAAGCCAACUUUCGCAAAUGCCUAUCUCUUUCGAUACCUGCUAUUGGAACAGGUAUAAUUGGCCUAUCAAGUGCAGAAUCUGCAAAAAUGAUGUUUGAUGCUUUUCGAGAAUUUGUGAAAGAAGUUAAAAAUAUUGAACAUCUAAAAAUCAUUGAUAUUGUGAUAUUUGAAGACUCACAUUUGUCGGAUUUUGAAACUGAAGUUGCCAUGCAAGGAGUUGGAAAUCAAAUUCCAACUAAAAAAAGCACAUAUGGAGCAAAUUCUCCGAAGAAGAAAAGUAAUGGAAAGAAAAGCCAAUCCAAUAAUACAUCAGCCACGAUUGGUAAUCUUACAGUAUCUGUGCGGCAAGGAGACAUUACUUUGGAGACUAACACUGCUAUUGUUAACAGUACUGGAACAAGGUUUGAUUUGUCUCAAGGAAUGGUUUCACAAGCGAUUAUACGCAAAGGUGGAUUCCAAAUUCAAAAAGAAGUUAAAUCAGCUAAGGGUGAUAAUAUUCGUGUGACAUCUGGUGGGAAACUUUCAUGUGCAAAGAUAAUUCAUGUUGUGACACCAAAAAAUCCAGACAAAAUUGGAGUUUGUUUAAUAAACAUUUUGUAUACUGCUGAACAACAAAGUUGCUCAUCUAUAUCAAUUCCAGCUAUUGGUACAGGGCAGCUGAAAUUGCCUAGUGUGACAAUAGCCAAAAUAUUGAUGAAAGCUAUCCAUGAAUUUGUGGACAGAUGUCCAAACACAAAAUAUCUGACUAAAGUUGAUUUUGUGAUAUAUGAGGAGUCACAAAUGAGCGAUUUCAGACAAGGGCUUCUGGAAAGUGAAACUGAGUAUGAAAAAACAAGGACUUACGGCAGUCAAAUUGGCAAACAAUUACAUGGACAAAGGAAUGCUUAUGAUGAGAAAAAAUAUAGUCCAGAUGAUAUUAACAAUGACAAAGGAUGUAAAAAAGUGGAAUUUCAAAUUUAUUCCUUUACUCAAGAAUAUGGGGAGAAGGCCUGGACUGCUCUAAUGAAAAAAAUCGAGGAAAUGUUUCCGACUUAUACAAUUACUGACAACAUUGUAAUUGGUCUGAUUGCUUCAAAAUGGGAAGCUAUUGAACAAUUGCGUCAGAAACAUAAUGUUCUUAUUCAAAGAUCUAAAGAUAAAAUCUCAAUUGAGGGAAAAUCGCAUAAUGUAUCAAUUGCCUCAGAUGAGAUCAAAGUUAUGCUGAAGGAAUUUGGACUCAAUCAUACGGGUUGGAAUGCUUAUAAUUUUUCUUGGGCAUUCAAGAGUAAGUUUAACACUUGGGAAAAUUUUGAAGAUGACAUCAGCCAGAAGUUAGAAUUGCUGUUUCUGCAGGGAAAAGAAAAACAAGGAGAAUCAAGUAGAACGGAAGAAAACUCAGAUUUUGUGAAAAUCAAUGAUCAAGUUUAUCAUGUUGAUUUCCAAAAUAUGCGAUUUUUCGAUGGAACUGAUAUAAAAAGAAUAGAAAAUAAAAAUGUCGGAACCAGACGAACUGAGCAGUUACCAAUGAAUAACAACCAUUUUGGAUCAUCUUCGACGGACAAGAAUAGAAAGGGUAGAGAUUCAGAUGGGACAUUUUAUGCAUAAGGAAUCAAUGGAACUCUUUACUUGAUAUAUAAAGACAUAAUCGAGAAUCUACAAACUAAUUUCAACCAUUAAUUUGUAAUAACAAAUGUGAUAUAUUUCAGAAUGUGUAAAAAUUUCUGGAUGUAUAUGCUACUAUUAGUGCUGAGAAUUUGAAAUUGAUAUAGCAGGCAAACUAACCAAAAAGCCAUGUUGACGGUGUAUAAACUUGCUCCGAUAUUGCUUAAAAUUGUUGGGGCUUGAAAAUAGCUUAUUUUCUCUGUUCAUUACAAAAUUUGCACCUUUCCUACAGUUUAUUUCUUAUAUCAAGAUUUUUUGGUCACCAGAGUGGUGGCGAUAAAUACUGUAUUGAUUCUUGUGACGAAUAUUUAGUUUGCCAAAUUGAUGAAUAAUUUUUAAUUAUAUUUCUAAAGUUUCAAUUUUUAUUAAUUUAAAAUAAUUUUAAAGUGUUGAUUAAUCUGUAAGAAGAAUCAUACUACUCGGAUAUUCCAAACUAGUAUUAGGAAGUAAAUGGCUGAUUCAUAUGUGAAUGCCGUUAAUAUUUUUUGUUACUUUAUUUUAAUGUGGCUGUGACACACUUAAUUUUGUAAAGAAUUUGCCUUGUGUGUAUGAUUGAUUUGAAUAUUAUAAAUAAUGUUGAUUUUCUAUAUAUAUAUAUAUAUAAGUAAUUCAAUUGUUUUUUUCCAUGUAGAAUUCAGUGUGAUAUUUUAAUUUAAGUAUACUUAUGCUGGACCUAAUUCUGAUGAUGUGUAUAUAGUUUACCACAAGAUUAUGUCUUAACAGAUUUUACUCAUCAUGAAUAAAAUAAAAUCUAUGUAACAUGA